GUAAGCACUUUAAUAUAGAGUUAGUUUUAGCCGGCGUAAUUAACGAAAUUGUCACGAAGAACGAUACAUAUUUUAAAACAAAAUCGUACACCAAAAUUGAAUCUACUUUACGACGAUAAAAAUAGAAAUAAAAGAAUAUCAUAAAAAAAAAUAAUUAAAAGAAUAUUAGAAUAAAUAGGUUCGCAUUUAACCUUUGACCCAAGAGAAUCUUGCAAAUAAUAAUUAUAUGUUUAGCAUAUAGUGACUAUGGCAUUUGUAUUAAAAAAGGCCGGUGGCGUGUUCCUACGUUUGAGCAGCGGUUUGCCAGCCACUCGAGGCUCUAUAAAAAUAACACGGGUAUGCAUUGCUAAUUUUUCCAUCAAAGCUGAUAUUCCGCAAGUGGAAGAGGAAGCUGAAAAGUUAAAAACACCAGUAGGCAAUGGUAAAGUGUUCAAGAGCGUAGAGGAAGCUGUGUCCGAUAUACAUAACGGGGCUAAACUUUUGGUUGGUGGAUUCGGUCUCUGUGGCAUUCCAGAGAAUCUAAUAGCAGCCAUAUUAAACAAAGGCUCUAAAGAUCUAACUGUAGUUUCGAACAAUGCUGGAGUAGAAGACUUUGGAUUAGGUAUAUUGUUGAAGGAGCAUAGAAUCAAGAGGAUGAUUGCCUCAUAUGUGGGUGAAAAUCCCGAGUUUGAGAGGCAGUACCUCAGCGGUCAAUUGGAAGUUGAAUUAACGCCGCAGGGCACUUUGGCGGAACGUGUGAGAGCAGGUGGCGCCGGUAUUCCGGCUUUUUACACUCCUACGGCUUUCGGUACUAUUGUGCAAGAAGGCAACGUCAUCCUGAAGUAUGACGAAAAUGGUAACGCCGAGAUCUCGGGCGAGCCAAGGAACGUGAAUCAAUUUAAUGGACGGAACUACAUACUGGAGACAGCCAUCACUGGCGACUUUGCUCUUGUGAAGGCGUGGAAGGCUGACACUGCGGGAAAUCUGAUCUUUCGAAAAUCCGCCAGGAACUUUAAUCCUGUGAUGUGCAAAGCCGCCAAAGUAGCGAUCGUCGAAGUGGAGGAGAUCGUGGAGAUUGGCCAAUUAGAUCCCGACCAGAUCCAUUUGCCCGGCAUUUUCGUGGAUAGGAUCGUAAAAGGACCCUCUUACGAGAAACGAGUCGAGAAACGAUCGACAAGACAAACUAUGAAGCCUAAGAAAGUGACUCCAGCUAGUAAAGCGAGAGAUAGGAUUAUCAGGCGCGCUGCCCUUGAAUUUAAAGAUGGAAUGUAUGCCAAUUUGGGAAUUGGUAUACCCAUGCUCGCUAGUAACUAUAUCCCAAAAGGUGUGAAAGUGACAUUGCAGUCAGAGAAUGGUAUUCUUGGACUGGGUCCUGUCCCAGAGACCGAAGCCGAUGUUGACCCCGAUCUUAUCAAUGCUGGGAAGGAAACUGUAACAGUGCUACCUGGUGCUGCUUACUUUAGCAGCGACGAAAGCUUCGGCAUGAUCAGAGGAGGACACAUUGAUCUGACUAUUCUUGGAGGCAUGCAAGUAUCGGAGAAUGGAGAUUUGGCCAACUGGAUGAUACCAGGUAUGAUGGUAAAGGGCAUGGGUGGUGCUAUGGAUCUGGUAUCUUCGCCAACCACAAAGGUAGUGAUAACUAUGGAGCAUACAGCCCGAGAUGGAAACCCGAAAAUUUUGAAGAAUUGCACUUUGCCUGUCACAGGUCAACAAUGCGUAAAUUUAAUUAUCACAGAUCUAGGAGUAUUUGAAGUAGUACCAGGAGAAGGAUUAAAGCUCAUCGAAAUUGCCCCUAAUAUCGAUAUCAGCGAGAUCGUCAGUUCGACGGGUUGUGAAUUUAGCGUUGUCGACGAUCUUAAGGAGAUGGGACAAGUUGAAGUUGAUGAAUCGUGAAUUGUAAAUAUAUUUCAUAAAUUAUAAAUAAUAAAAAAGUAAGUUUUUGAUUUCUAUUAAUGUCCUUAAAAUUUGUUUCUAUUAAUGUCCUUGUAAUAUUUCUGUUGUUUAUAUAUGCCAAUAUCUCAUGUAAUAUAAUGUAACAUUUAAAUUAUUAGGUAAUUGUUAUAGUUAAUGAAAUUAAAUAACUGUUAUGUUAAUUGCAUUAUUGUACACGAGAGUGAAAUAUUUAAAUGUACAUAUAUGGUUUUCUUUGUAAUUAUAUAUUAUGAAAACGAGAAAUUUAUAUAUACGAUGUGUGUGCCACAUCGUGAGCAAGUAAAGUCACAUUACAUCACGUUGCACAUGCUAUAUUGUAAGUAGCACACAAACAUUACACAUAUAAAUGAAAUAAUGUUUUGUAAUAUAUAUCUUACACAAUAAAAAUUUUUAAUAUUUU